UUCCGUGGCGUCGAGCCGCGCGGCGGGGGGAGAGCAAGCCUUCUCAGAAACAUUUAAUCCAACUCCGAUGGGAAUUUAAGAAAAAUGUACCUAAGGAAAUCAGAGAGAUGGUGGCUCCUGUGUUAAAAAGCUUCCAAGCCGAGGUGGUGGCUCUCAGUAAGAGGAGUCAGGAGGCGGAGGCGGCUUUUCUGAGUGUUUACAAGCAGUUAAUUGAAGCGCCAGACCCUGUGUCCAGGUUUGAGGUGGGGCGCAGCCUGGACAACAGACCGCAGCCCCCCAGCUGGGACCCCAGCGGCCAGGCCCGGCGAGACCCCCCCGCCCCGUGGAAGAGGCACCCGGAGCGCCGCGGGCCCAAAGAGCAGAGGGACGGGCUGUGUCCCCCGGGACCCAUCCUGACUGAGGGCAGCUGCGUCCCCGGAGCCCCCGGGAAAGCCCACCUGACAGACGCCUUGCUGCACCGGAAUGAGGCCGAGAAACAGAAGGGCCUUCAGGACGUCCAGCUCACCCUGGCAGCCAGACUGGGGGAGGCCGAGGAGAAAAUCAAGGUGUUACAUUCAGCGCUGAAGGCUACACAGACGGAGCUGAUAGAGCUGCGCCGAAAGUACGAUGAGGAGGCGGCCUCCAAGGCGGAUGAAGUCGGCCUGAUUAUGACAAACCUGGAGAAGGCCAACCAGAGAGCCGAGGCCGCCCAGCGGGAGGUGGAGAGUCUCCGGGAACAGCUGGCCUCCGUCAACAGCUCCAUCCGCCUGGCCUGCUGCUCCCCGCAGGGGCCCAGUGGGGACAAGGUGAACUUCGCCCUGUGCUCGGGACCUCGGCUGGAGGCUGCGCUGGCCUCCAAGGACCGGGAGAUCCUGCGGCUGCUGCGGGACGCGCAGCACCUGCGGCACUCCCUGCGAGAGCUGGAGGAGGCCUCGGCCAACCAGAUCGCCGACCUGGAGCGCCAGCUGGCGGCCAAGACAGAGGCCAUCGAGAAACUGGAAGGAAAGCUCCGCGCCCAGUCUGAUUAUGAAGAAAUUAAGACGGAGCUGAGCAUCCUCAAAGCCAUGAAACUGGCCUCCAGCUCCUGCAGCCUUCCACAGGGCCUGGCCAAGGCUGAGGACUCCAUGCUCAUAGCCAGGGAGACCUUCUUCCCCGCACCCAAGUUCCUGCUAGACAAGCCGGUGCUCCUGGCCAGCCCUGAGGAAGAUCCCUCUGAAGAUGACUCCAUCAAGUGCUCGCUGGGCACGGAGGCCCCGUACCCCCCGCUCCCCCCGCCACAGGAGCUGCCCCCUCCACCAGGCCCCGAGGACCCCCUGUCACCCAGCCCCGGGCAGCCCCUGCUGGGCCCCGACGGCGCACGGACUUUCUCGCUGUCUCCCUUCCCCGGCCUGGCGUCAGGGGACCCGCUGCUGCCCAAGCCCGUCCCCUCCCCGGCCGCCUUCAAGGGGGAGGCCGGCAGCCUGCUGGUGUUCCCCACGGCCUUCUACAGCGCCAAGCCCCCCCCGGCCCCCGCCACCCCGGUGCCCGGGCCGGAGCCCCCUGGAGCCCCCGAGCCGGCCGACGGAGCCGGGCCUGCGGCGGAGGAGGAGCAGCUGGACACGGCGGACAUCGCCUUCCAGGUGAAGGAGCAGCUGCUCAAGCACAACAUCGGGCAGCGCGUGUUCGGCCAUUACGUGCUGGGCCUGUCCCAGGGCUCGGUGAGCGAGAUCCUGGCCAGGCCCAAGCCCUGGCGCAAGCUCACAGUGAAGGGCAAGGAGCCCUUCCUCAAGAUGAAGCACUUCCUGUCCAACGAGCAGAACGUGCUGGCCCUCAGGACCGUCCAGGUGCGGCAGCGAGGCAGCAUCACGCCAAGAAUCCGCACGCCGGAGACAGGCUCGGACGAUGCCAUCAAGAGCAUUCUGGAGCAGGCCAAGAAGGAGAUUGAGUCUCAGAAAGGGGGCGAGCCGGGCGCGGCGGCGGCGGGCCCCGCGGCGGCGGCGGCGGGCAGCACGUCGGAGGCGGCCAUCCGCGGCAUCCUGGAGCGCGCGCGGCGGGAGAUGCAGGCGCAGCAGCGGGCGCUGCUGGAGCUGGAGGGCGCGCGGCGGCCCGCGGCGUCGCCGCCGGAGCCCGAGCCGGGGCCGGGGCCCGAGCCGCCCGCGCCCGCCGUGAAGCUGGAGGAGGGCGGCCCCGCGCCGCGGCCCGCGCUGUCGCCCGCCGCCUUCGUGCAGAGCAUCAUCCGCCGGGUCAAGUCCGAGAUCGGCGACGCGGCCUGCUGCCUGGAGCCGCCCUGGGCGCCGGGCCGCGCGCCCGCCUCGCCCGCGCCCUCCUCCGCCUCGUCCGCCUCGGGGCCGCCUGGGGCCCGCGGGGCCCGCGCCGGCGACCGCGACGAGCCCGACGACGAGGCGGAGGACGAGGCGCGGCCCGAGCUCAAGGCCGAGGCCGCCGAGGCGCCGGGCGGCGCGCGCGCCCCGUUCCCGCCCUUCGCGCCGCGCGCGCUGCGCCCCACGGUGCCGCCGCUGACGCCCGAGCAGUACGAGCUGUACAUGUACCGCGAGGUGGACACGCCCGGCCUCACGCGCAGGGUCAAGGAGAAGCUGGCCAAGAACGGCAUCUGCCAGCGGGUCUUCGGGGAGAAGGUGCUGGGCCUGUCGCAGGGCAGUGUGAGCGACAUGCUGUCCCGGCCAAAGCCCUGGAGCAAGCUGACACAGAAGGGCCGGGAGCCGUUCAUCCGCAUGCAGCUGUGGCUGUCAGACCAGCUGGGCCAGGCGGGGGCUCAGCCGCCCAGCGCCGCCCAGGCCAGUCCCCUGGAGCUAAGGUCUUCACCAUCGCCACCCCCAAGCCCCACGGGGCCAGAGAAGAGCUCCCCGGAGCCCCUGAGCCUCUCUCUGGAGAGCAGCAAGGAAAACCAGCAGCCUGAGGCGCGCCCGGGCACCACACCCACCGGGAAAACAUACUCCGGCCAGGCCGUAGGGGGCAUCCAGGAAAUUGUGGCCAUGUCCCCCGAGCUGGACACAUACUCCAUCACCAAGAGGGUCAAGGAGGUGCUGACAGACAACAACCUAGGGCAGCGGCUGUUUGGAGAGAGCAUCCUGGGGCUCACGCAGGGCUCCGUGUCAGACCUGCUUUCCCGGCCCAAGCCUUGGCACAAGCUGAGCCUGAAGGGCCGGGAGCCGUUCGUCCGCAUGCAGCUGUGGCUCAGCGACCCCCACAAUGUGGACAAGCUGCGGGACAUGAAGAAGCUGGAGAAGAAAGCCUACCUGAAGCGCCGCUACGGGCUCAUCAGCCCCGGCUCGGACCGCGAGUCCCCGGCCACGCGCUCUGAGUGCCCCAGCCCGUGCCCGCCGCCGCUGGAGCUGAGCCUGCUGCAGGUGAAGAAGCCCCGGGUGGUGCUGGCGCCCGAGGAGAGGGAGGCGCUGCGCCGGGCCUACCAGCUGGAGCCCUACCCCUCGCAGCAGACCAUCGAGCUGCUGUCCUUCCAGCUCAAGCUCAAGACCAACACCGUCAUCAACUGGUUCCAUAACUACAGGUCCAGGAUGCGCCGGGAGACGCUGGUGGAAGGAGCCCAGGAUGAGCCCGAGCUGGACCCCAGCGGGGAUCCCGGCACCCGGCCGCCCCGCCAUGGACCCCCAGACCCCACCCCGAGGAGCCCCGCGUCGGAGGCUGAGGAGCAGAAGCCGGAGCUGAGCGAGCUGCGGGCCUGUGGGGCUGGGGCCGCACCCCUGCCCGCCCCGGACGGGGCCCGCGUGAGGGUCAAGCAGGAGCGGACCGAGGAGGAGGGGGGCUGUGAGCCCCAGGACUUGGGGGAGCCGGACCCAGCCCGUGCCACCCCCAAAGAGGAGCACGCAGACCCUCCGGGCAGCGAGGAGCUCCCUGAAGGGGUGCCGGGGCUCCUCCUUCCCGCGGGGCUCCCCCCAGACUGCCCUUGGCGACACCCCUGCCACGAGGGCCAGGCCGGGCCGCGGCCGCCCGCCCCAGAGUCCGAGUCGUCCCGCGGCAGCCUGGAGGAGCCUCCCACCCCGCCCUCCACGGCCUCCUCGCCGGGCCUCGGCGCGGCCUCCGUGUCCCCCGUGUCCCCCGUCCCCUCGUCCUCGGGCCCCCUGCCCUCCCCCCCCAGCGCCCCGCCCGCCAGUGCACCCAGUGCCAGCCCCACGGCCAGUGCCAAGGUGAACCCCAACUUGCAGCGGCGGCACGAGAAGAUGGCCAACUUGAACAGCAUCAUCUACCGGCUGGAGAAGGCCGCCAACCGCGACGAGGCCCUGGAGUGGGAGUUCUGAGCCUGGCCUGGGCGGGGGCGGCCUCCGCCCUCUGACCUCCGACCUCCAGAUGCCAAGGCCACCCUGCUCCCUCUGCGUUUUCUGUUGCCAUCCUCUCGUCGGAUGAUGGGGAGCCAUCGCCGGGGCAUGGGGGGCAGUGGCCCCCCGGGAGGGCUUGAGGACCCCCCACCCCUGCCCUGAGCCCCACUUGGGAAGCAGGACCCACCCACCACACGCUCACCGGAGAACUCCAGACUCUUUCUGAAAAACAGAUAUUUAUAGACCUCUUUUAGCUAUUUUAAUAAAGGAUCCUUUGGGCUUUAUUCCCAGCCAAUGCUGUUUUGAUAUCACAGAGAAUUAGGCAUCAGGACGGUGUCACAACGGUGGGAAAAGCGCACACUGAAGCUGUGUCUUUUUUUGGUUUUUGUUUUGCCACUAGAUGAGAUUAAGGAAAGACAAUUGUUCAAAGCCAUCACCAAACACUGAGACUCACCACAUGUCCAUCACCUUUGAGUCACGGGUUCUGGGUGACCACGCGUGUCUGUGAGACCCGGCGUCGUUCCUGCUGUUCCAGAAAGCCUUGCCGGAAGAGAGAAAGUCCAAAAGACUCUAAACAAAACCUUUGCGCCGCUGAGGGCGCGUCCCGUGCUGGUGGUCUACAAUCUUCAUGACAGGAUGUGCCGUCCUGGUGCAGCAAGUAGAGAUGGGGCCGUUCCGAGCGGGAAUGGUGCAAGACAAACUGCUGCUCACAGUGCCGGCGCCCCGGGCCUGCGGCCACCAGGAGUGCACGGUGCGUGUCCAGCCCGUGAAGCUGGACCCGGGCCGAGUGUGCCACGUGAGCCUGAGCAGUCCACCUCCCAGCCCGGCCAUAGCUGCACUGGCAAGUUUGUCCACUGGUACAUACAAGCUGGGGCAUCCCAGAGAAUCCCGGCCAUCCCCUUUGCUCCUUGUGUUUCUAGAAGGUUCCAGUGAGGGUUAGCACCCAGCACCAAACCUCAAAUUCUGGAGGCCAGAGCCUCAUCCCCUUAGAUCCUCUUGCAGCUUCC